CUUGUGUCCACCCUCUGGCCCCUUCAGUGCAGCUCCAUGCCAGGGACUCCACUUUUGCUGCCGCUGUGGGGGUCCCAGCAAGCAGUGUGGGGGGAGAGCCAGAGAGGAGGAGCUCAGGCGUGUGGCCCCCGGGCAGCCCUCUGGGCCUUGGCUGGACAGAACCUGCUCCAGAGCUCGCUGCCUGUGGGGCGGGGGCGCAGGGUCUUGUGUCCUCCAUCCGUGUGGCCACAGGGACGGUGUUACGUAGCCUCUUCCACCUGGAAGCCACAGGGCGUUUUCUGAAAGCUCAGCUUUGUUGCUGCUGGUGGCAGAGGAGCGGGACUGGGCCAGGGCCACGUCUGCCACCCAGAGGGGCCAAGUGGCUUGGCAGUGGCCAGGACAGAACUGGGGUGGGAGGGACCCGUGUGGCUGGGCUUGCGGGACCACUUCCACACAGGGGCCCUGGCUUGCACCUUGUCCUGCCGCCUUUGGGUCAGUGCCCAUCAUUGCUGCCUGCCUAUGGGACUGAAGGAAAGAGGACCCCAUGACCAGGCUCCACAGACUUCUGCUCUGCCGGGCCUGGCACAGGGGUCAUCCCAAAUUGCACGGCGGUCCAGGGGUCCCAGGCCUGCCCUGGAUGAUGGGGACAGGGGAGCUCAGCUUGGAGAAGUGGAACUUGGCGGGCCUGGUGUGCACCUGCCUGUUUGGCCAGUUUGUUGCAGGACAACAGGUGCGGACAGCAGCAGGGGAGAAGGGGGAGGAGGCUGAGGCCUUCUGACCACACACACGUCGCAGCCCACAUCCUCCCGCGGCUGCCUGCCUGGCCCUUGGAGAGUCGGCCCAAAGGGGCUCCCAGUCUCCCCUGGAAAUGGACUUGCCAGCACGAGGGCGCCACACCCUUCCUCAGGCAGCAUCCCCAAGGGGGCCUGUGAGUCACCCCGGGCACGUCUUGCACCAAGCCAGUUCGUGCUGCUGCUCCGCUAACAGCUGCCCCUGGGCUGGUUCUGAUGUGUGGUCCUCAUCACUUGGUGACAUGGCUCCUGGACAGCAGGCCCCCACGGGCCCCAUCCCUACACGUGUGGUCAUAGGACCCUCUAGACCCCGAAGCUGAGGCCCAGCGUGUGUGGCCAGCUCAGGGGUGGUCCUAGCCAGGUGUGAGUCAAGGUGAGGCAGGGGCGGGUGUCAGACUGGGCCUGGAUGCAGUGGAGAACCUGCCCAGCAGACGGACACUUGGGGGGGGUGAGCAGAGCAGAACCAGGGCAGGCUGAACGUGUGUCCCGUGGGCUGGUCCCUCAUGCCUGGGGCUGUAGGCACAGGACAUCUUCCAGGCAACGUCAGGCUUUCUGACAGGUCGGCGUGUGACUCAGUAGCAGAGACCAGGGUCAGGAGAAGGGCAGGGGGCAGGGAGCGAAAUGGCCUGCCCACCCAUUUCCUGGUGGAGCAUCUGAGGGCAUCAGCAGAGCCCCUGGGCUCCCUGAGCCCUCCCAUGCUCUGGGGAAGGGUGGGAGCCUCGCUGUCUUGGGCCAAGGGACCACAGGUCCCUGAGAAGCGUGUGUCCACACUUGUCCCCAGGGAACAGCCUCCCCCCCCACACCAGCCAAGGGGACCCCUGAAGUGCUCACUGCAGUUGUGUAUGUAACAGAGAUCAAGAGAGACAGAGACAUCCGUGCCUUUGCUCCAGGUCACGGGGGUCUGUCCCGCCCUGUCCCCAGGACACUGUGGCCCUGCGUGGCACUGGCCACUCCUGGUGGUGCACCAGGAGGCUGAGAACACGUCGCCUUUUAAGGAGAAGAUUUGCUGAGAAGCUGAGGGAAAACAUUUCCCUGGCAUUCGGGGAGCAUUUUUCCUUCCUGUUUCUCUUAAAUAAACUGCUAGCAACUUUUCAAAACAGAAGAAGAGAAGGACAGGGUCAGGGAGCUGCAGAGACCUUUCGCCCUUACUGGAGCAGGGCUGGCAGGGGAGGGGCGACAGGGAGCUGGGUGCCCUGAGUGCUUAGGAUGGCCGUGUCCAGCUCAGCCACCCAUUAGGCUGUGCCCCAGCCAAGACCCGCGGAGCAUUCCCAUUUGGGCAGCUGGGCCAGAGACAGAGGCCAGGAGUGAGCUGGUUUGCUUCUCCUUCCGUAGACGCUGUGGAGCUUGAGGGUGUAAACGGGUGGGGCCUCGCCACGUAUGGUGGCCCCCGAGUCCAGGUCCUCAGCCUGCCUGCCCCCAGCCCUCCAGCCCAGCCAGCACCCCGACCACGACCCUCCCAGGUGUGCAGGGGGCCCGUGGCCAUCCCGACGGGUGCCUGUGGGUUUGCCGUGGCGGGAGCGUGCUCACUCCUGCCCUCACACUGCAGAGCAGGACUGGGGGCUCUGAAGGAUGUGUCUCCUGGAACUCCGAGACCUCUGGCUGUGUUAUCCUGUCCCCAGGGCAGGUGUACACACUUCCCCUGAGUUUCUGCUCUUGGGGCGGGGGUGACCCCUCCUUGAGAGUUCAUAGCCAAAGGUGGCCUUUUCUGGUCAGUAAGACGUCCUGGUAGUAUUGAUUUGCAGUUUGAUUCUACAAGUCACGGUGUGUACCAUUGAAGAAUUUAGUCGUCCAACUAAGAACCAAGAGACUCAUUCAUGUUAUUAGGCGUUUUCCUUCAGUUUCUCAAACUCACUGCCAGGAACCCAGUGCUAAACCUUGAAGGGUUGGAGAGUCCCUGCAUGUGCAGGAGGACUGCAGCAUUGCUCUGAGCUGCUCCCCAGAUGGCGGGGAGCCUACACCCUCCUACACCUCCACGUUGGGUGGGUGCUGCUGGGAGGGGCCAUAUCUGCACACGGCCCUCCACUGGGUCCUCUGCUCCGAGGCCCGUGUGACACUCAGUGACUUAUGACAGACCCAGCCUGGGCUGUGUUCCCAGCUGGGGGCUCUGGGCCACUGUGUUGGUCACUUUGCCCUCUUAGGGGGCGUUCCAUCUUGUUUGUGGACCUAGGUUGCCCACACCAUGGCCCUGGCUCCAGCCUUUGGGCGGCUGGCGGGAGGCUGGUUUGGGGCCCACAGCUCCCCCACCAAGGAGGGGGCCUCUUCAGCACUGAGAACUUUGGUUUAUGGGGCUUAUUAGGUAUUCAUUGAAUGAAAACAGACAUUUCAAAUAUAUGUAUUUAGUCCUAUAAAAGUAGCUAUAACAAGCCCAUUCUGUUUUUGUAUGACAGUAUAUUUUCAUGGAAAGUAACCAUUUCUGUAAGCAAAAAAAAAAAAAACAAAAAACCUUUUGGUGCAGAGUGGUCUUUUGAGCAGAUCUCUGUAAUGCCUGGCCUGGUUCAUGCCCACCUGUCUGUCUGUCCCUGCCCGGAUCCUGCACUGUGUGCUUGGCACAGAACCCAGGAAGUCUAAAGCAAAGCCCAACGGAAAGAAGCCUGCUGCCGAGGAGAAGAAGAUGUACCUGGAGCCAGAGUACACCAAGUCCAGAAUCACCGACGUCGGCUUCAAGGAGCUGGUGGUGCUGCCCCGGGAGAUCGACCUCAACGAGUGGCUGGCCAGCAACACCACCACAUUUUUCCACCACGUCAACCUGCAGUACAGCACCAUCUCAGAGUUCUGCACGGGAGAGGCCUGCCAGACGAUGGCCGUGUGCAACACCCAGUACUAUUGGUACGACGAGCGGGGCAAGAAGGUCAAGUGCACUGCUCCCCAGUACGUCGAUUUUGUCAUGAGCUCCGUGCAGAAGCUGGUGACCGACGAGGAUGUGUUCCCCACGAAAUACGGCAGAGAAUUCCCCAGCUCCUUCGAGUCUCUGGUGAAGAAGAUCUGCAAGUACCUGUUCCACGUGUUGGCGCACAUCUACUGGUCCCACUUCAAGGAGACCCUGGCCCUUGAGCUACAUGGACACUUGAACACGCUCUACGUCCACUUCAUCCUCUUCGCCAGGGAGUUCAACUUGCUCGACUCCAAAGACACCGCCGUCAUGGACGACCUCACGGAGGUGCUGUGCAGCGGCGGGGGCCGCGGCGGGGGUGGCGGGGAAGGGGCCAGCGGCGGGGGCGCGGGGGCACAGAACCACGGGAAGGAGAGGUGAGCCCCCGGCCGACAGGCGCGCACAUGUGCAGAGAGACGGUGGUGCACGUGCUUGCGUGUGCGCACACGCCCCGGGCACGCUCGGCGGGAGGCCUGAGAGGUUGCCGCUGCCCCCCACCCGGCCCGGGCGCGCCGAGUGUGGGCUCCCCAGACGCUGGCGGGCCACGCAUCGGACUGGCCCCCCGCCGGGGUUUUCCUGUUGGAUGGAUGAGUGCCGCUUGUCAAGAAGGACCUUUGGAUUUCAUCCAUUCGCUCAACAAACGUUUAUGGGACUGCCGGUCUGAGUUUCCUUCUCCUGUGGGGCUUUCCUUUCCUUGGUCUUCCGUGUGGCCCCCGCCCCUGCCUCCCCCUGCCCUGGGGGCUCUGCUGUUUGAGAGAAAUACACCCGUGGGAGCUGGGGCUCCUUCCCAGGAGGGACUUGGGCUCACUUUGGUUUGUUUCCAGGGUGGGGCUGUUUUAGAGAUUCCUCCCUCUCCUGGCCUUGCUAGGAUCUUGGCUGCCAGUGGUUCAGAGCAGGUGGGGUAGGCGUGGCCAGGGGUGCCCCAUAGGGGCCCUGACCCUGUGGCUUCGUUCCCCCCUCUCCUGCCCCGCUGCCCACGAGGGCCCCUGGACUAGCUGGGCCUAGGACCGAGGUGCCUGGGCGGGCAGCCUGUGUGGAGACGCGGCUGCUGGCGGAAGGCUGGGUGUCCCGCUCCGCUCACCUGUUCGGUCGUAAUAAAAAGAAUUCGCUCA